UUCUCUCUAACCGCGAGUUAUUUCGGCUCUUUUCGUGGUCGUUGGCUUUCGUAGCUUCGCACUUCAGCGUGGUUCUGGCUGUUGCGCCGUUGUGAACGUGGAUGCGGGGAGGCAGCUGUUGUUUCGUCUUGGUUUUAGUCCAGCGUUAUUGGGUUGAUGGAGUGUUGGCUUUGUGCUGCCGGUGUUAUGAGUGAUCGAUCGGCUAGCAGUAUCUGUUUGGCGGAGUGAAUUAGGGUUGGGGUUGUGGAGAUCCUUAGUGUUGCACUUGGAGAGUAAGAGGAAGGAGAUUGUUGGACGAAAAUGAGUUUUUUAGAUAUAGAGGCCGGGGGUAUGCCCCCCGGUCGCAGGCAACAAGAUUCGACGCAAGCGCUCGCAUCAGGCGUGUUUCAGAUCAACACCGCUGUAUCCUCAUUCAAGCGUCUCGUUAGUUCGUUGGGCACUGCAAAGGACACUCCUGCCCUUCGUGACAAGCUGCACAAAACGCGGCAGCACAUAGGACAAUUGGCAAAAGAAACAGGCGCAAAGUUGAAAACGGCUAGUGAACAUGAUCACAAUAGACCUGUUCAUGGUAAUAAGAAAUUGAGCGAUGCUAAACUCGCGAAAGACUUCCAGGCUGUGCUCGUAGAAUUUCAAAAUGCUCAGAAAAUCGCUCAGGAACGAGAAAAAUUAUAUGCACCAUUUGUUCCUGAAGCUGCACUGCCAACAAGUCAAUAUUCAGGUGAGAUGAAAUCAGCGCCAGAAGAAAAUCAAGAUCAGAGAGCAUUCUAUGCUGCACAAAGAUCGCAAGACUUUAUCCAAUUAGAGAACGAAACAGUUUUCAACGAGGCAGUGAUCGAAGAAAGAGAACAAGGCAUCCGAGAAAUACACCAACAAAUAGGUGAAGUAAAUGAAAUCUUCAAAGAUUUAGCUGUUCUCGUGCACGACCAAGGCUACAUGAUUGAGGACAUUGAUGCCAACGUACAGGGUGCUGAAGCUGCGACUGAGCAAGCGAACCGUCAGCUUGCUAAAGCAGCCAAGAGCCAAAAGUCUGGAACAACAAUGACUUGUUUGAUUUUGGUAAUUGUCGCAAUGGCAGUUCUCGUGUUGCUUCUCUUCUUGACUCGAUGAUAAUGUUCUCCUGAUUUUGGCUUACGUUUGGGGGCAUCUCCGCAGAUGCACUGUUGUAUCUUCACUGCCUUAGUUAAGCAUAUUCGGUCUAAAUAAUGUCAGAAACCGAUAAACCAUGUAUUUUUAUCUCUUAUUCCGAGGGUAUUGCAAUCCAAGUUAACUCUCCCUUGCGAUGUUGCAACUAUACGUCUAUCAA